UCUCGUGGGCGCUUAGGCCACUCUGGCACGCACACACGAGCAAGAGAGCUGGCGGCAGGACAUUGUUGCCGCGCCACUGUAGGUGUGUCGGUAAGAGAAUACCAGGAGCAGCAGAUAUGUCGACGGGAGACGCGAAGCCCGGAGGCGGCACGGACGCCGCCCCCGGCACGGACAAGGCGCCGCCCCCAGCGCCGCCCCCGCGCGCCAAGCGCGACAUCAAGUGGCCCAUGGUGCUGUUCCACAUCCACCUGCACGUGGGCGCCGUGUACGGCCUCUUCGUCGUCUUCAGGGACGCCUACGUCUGCACCUCGCUCUUCGCGGCGGUGUUGGCCAUGGUGUCUCUCCUGGGGGUGACAGCAGGCGCCCACCGGCUCUGGGCUCACCGCUCAUACCAGGCCAGCACCCCGCUCAGGAUCUUCCUGGCUCUGUGCCACACAGCCGUCGGCCAGGGCAGCAUCUACGACUGGGUGCUGGACCACCGGAUACACCACAAGCACUUCGGCACGGAGAACGACCCCUACAACCACAAGCGAGGGAUGUACUACGCGCACGUGGUGUCGCGCGUCGAGACGGCGCACCCCCACCGCGAGGAGAUGGAGAAGGCCGUCGACAUGUCCGACCUGGACGCCGACGGCGUCGUCAUGUUCCAGAAGAGGUUCUACUGGCUGCUGAUGCCCGUGCUGUGCUUCCUGCUGCCCAUCAACGCGCCGGUCGAGUACUGGGGCGAGACCAUCAUCAGCUCGUUCUUCGUGGUGGGCUGCCUGCGCUACUGCGUCACGCUGCACCUCGCCUGGCUCAUCAACACCUCCGUCUGCAUCUGGGGCAUCGACCCCGAGAACAAGGCCUCGGCUGACUCCAACCUGGUGUUCGUGCUGACCAAGAGCUACUGGCCGUUCUACCACUACCUGCUGCCGUGGGACUACAACUGCGGCGAGUACGGCUCGUACGAGGACGGCUUCACGACGGCCAUGAUCCGCGUGUGGGCGGUGCUGGGCUGGGCGUACGGCCUGCGCACCAUCGACAGCAACUCCGUCAAGAGCGCAGUGCACACGUCCGUUAAGACGGGCCGCGACAUCAAGGAGUGCCUCGAGGAGGAGGGCCACAAGAUGGCCGACAUCCUGCACCUCAAGAAGCUGCAGUAGCACGCCUCCGCCAAGGAGGACGCGCGUCUGAUCUCCUUGGCGAGCGCCACAAGAUGGCUGCCGCUUCUGACCGCCAGCAAAAAAUAUAUAUUUAAAGUCCGACAUUCUGCACCUCAAGAAGCUGCAGUAGUGCGCCUGCGCCAAGGAGGACGCGCAUCUGAUCUCCUUGGCGAGCGCCACAAGAUGGCUGCCGCCUCUGACCGCCAGCAAAAAAAUAUGUUUAAAGUCGUGAACAUUUCUGAGAAGUGUCUCAUUGUGAUUUACUGUUCCAGACACGUAUAUAAGUAUCAUCCCUCUUCAUGUUAUUCCGUAAAAUGGUUAGGUCACAGCCUUAAGUCCCAAAGAGGUGCAUUGUCCACAAAAAUAAUCUAAUCUGCCAGUGAGAUUCAUGUGAAGGCAAUGUUGUACUCUUUGCCUGAGCCAAUUUCACCCUUCUGAACCUUAAACAAGCAAAAUACAUACUUCCACUACUACCUAAAAUAUUUACCUAAAAAAUACAACAUAAAAAUCUAUUUUGAACAUGAUACUUUCAACUGGCUGGUAGUGUUUGUUUGAACAUUACCAACAGUUUUUGUAAAAUUAAAUCUUAUAAAUACAAUCUUCUAUGAAUUCCUAUUAAUUUAAAAGAGAUGGUCAAACGUCAUCCCUUAUUGCAAUUUAAGGCUGGCAUAAAUCAUCAGGACAGGAAGGCAAAGCUGUUGUUCGGGUACACUUCUGUUUUACAGUUCCAUGUAGGUACCAAUCACAUGUGGAGAUUCGGUAAGCCUACAACUCGCGUAGUUUUGGUUCCCUACCACGUUCGUGCAACUUCGGAUUUCUCUCAAAAAUUGAAAUUUAAAAAAUCGAAGGGUUGGGUUAGGUUAGUCACAACAUGCUUGUUUUCAUUGGAAACUUCUGAUUUAGCGGCUGAAGUGGCGUUAAUAUCAAAACGCAAAACUUCGGAAAUCUUCGGAAAUUCUUGCAGGGAACCGAAACUACGUGAGUUGUAUGCUUCCUGUGGAGAUUCUUCUGUAGACACUAAGUAAUAAAACUCCACUACUGACCAUUUUUUUGUUUUAAACUAUAGUUCCAUCAAAUUUAUAUUAUAAAUAAAAUUAAAAACUAUCACCACCCAUUAUUUCCAGGAUUCAUAAAUAUAACAACAUUUUAACCGAAGCCAACUAUAAUUAAAAAUUGCUUGCAAUUUGUUUGCUGCAAAAGUUUGAAAGACAAGACAAAGACUGUUAGAUCAUUAGUUAGCCUACAUGUUAAGGUGAGAUAGUACUACUUUCUUUAAUAUUCAUUAUCACCUUCAUCCCCCAGUUUCUAAUCAGUGAUGUUUUAAUGAUGGCAUGUUGCCAAAUAGACCACCUACUUUACGCUCAUUCAUAUUACAUUGUAAUGUGAUUGCUUUCACCUACUUUAUAGUUCAAAAUAGAAGUUUAAAUAAGGCCAGUUAUUUUUGUUUGUUUUAAGUAUUGUAAAACAAUUGUUGAACAUUAAAACCAGAAUGUGUA